GUGUGUUUGCGCGGCUGUGUGUCUCCAGUUAGUUCCAUGUCUGCCACGCACAGAGCCGGGGAUGGCGGCGGAUAUUACCCGGGAGGGGAGGUGCUGGGCCGCCAGAGGCAGGAAGAGGCGCCGGCGGGCUGGGGAGCCGGCUAUUAUCCUCCGGAGAAUGGAAGAAGCUGGCCGGGAGGCGGGGAGAUGGGAGGAGCCGGCGGAGCUCAGAACACAUCAUAUUCGGGGUAUGAUCCAAGUGGCUGGUCUUGUGCAGGUCACUCCAGACCUCCUUAUCCCCCCAAUUACACAGUUGGAGGACAGGGUAUGGAGCACUAUGCCAAUGGCUCCUAUGGACCAGCCUAUGGUCAGUCUGCAAUGAACCCUCCUUAUCCUAGCCUUCACCCACCAAAUCCCUAUUAUCCACCACCACCACCACCUCCUCCUCCUCCUCCCUCACAGCCUCAUUAUACUGUUGAUCCUUACAAACAACAAGCUGGUGCACCGCAAGCCCCUCCACAUUGGGGUUAUGCUCAACAGCCUCCUCAAUAUCCACAAUACUCCGCUCCUCCGGGAAUGCCUCAACAGAGUCCACAAAAUGACAACUGGAACAUGUAUGGAGCCCACAACCCAUACCAGUGGCCCCCGGCAGCCCCUCCUCCACACAACCCAAACAGCGGCCAUUAUAUGGCUGGUGGCAGACCACAAUGGACAGGAGGAGAUGUACCGCCAGGAGUCUAUGAUAUGAAGGAUCCAUCUCAGCCACCCAAUUACAACCAGCAAAGACCCUACCCUGGCUACCCCUCCAAUAUCUCUCAACCAGGGCCAGCACUGGAACCCAAGCCUAACCCACCUGCUCCAACAGCCCCACCUAACCCUCAUUACAGCGCCUCUCCUCAAAUGUACAACCGGAAGGAUCCUUCAAACCAAGAAACCAUUCCUAGAGCCAAAGAAGCCAAUGCUUCUCCAGCUGAUCCUGCAAACGCCCUUCCUGGCAUUGUGAAGAUCAGUGAAAUCUUGGAAAAGGUGGCGGAACUGGAGCAGGAGGUGGACGAGUUUGUAGGUAGAAAGACUGAGAUGAGUUUCCGAUGUUUAGAAGAGCUAUUGACAAAGCAGUUAUUAGAACUAGAUUCUGUAGAAACUGGUGGUCACGACAGUGUUCGUCAAGCACGGAAAGAAGCUGUGAGGAAGCUACAAUCGAUUCUGGAGAGGCUAGAGCGGAAGGGUUUGUAA